AUCUAGGUCGAAAACUAGAGACGGCGACGCUGCGAGCGGGAUUCCUUGGUCUGUGGGGCGGAUUGAUGGCGCCGGACGUCAUGGAUGAUCUCCAGGAGCUCAAGGCGCUGCUGGAUCAAGCCAAGCGGCCGCGAGUGAAAUCGCUGCUCUCCGCCGAGAUCGAGAGACUGCAAAAGGGAUUGAUCGAAAACGAGGCGAAGCCGGCGGCGCCGCUGGAGAAAAUUCCAGUUGCUGCUCCAGAGCCGCGCUACACCACUGUGGAUUCGUUUAGCUGGGAUCAAGAUGAUAAGAGCGUGAAGAUCUACAUUGGAAUCGAGGGUGCCUCCGCUGACAAAGUAUCUUCGAAGUUCCAGGACGAGUCUUUCGAGAUCAAGAUCGAGGAUUUGGGAGGGAAGAACUACCGCUGUGGUGUUCCAAGGCUCCACAAGCCUAUAGAUCCAGCGGCAAGUAAUGUGAUUGUCAAGCCCAAGCGCCUUGUGGUGGUUUUGAAGAAGAUGGCCACGGCAAGAUGGACCGAUCUACACUACAAGGAAGACAAGUUUAAGCCGGAUGAAGGGAAGAAUCCGAUGGCUGGCAUCAUGGACCUGAUGAAGAAUAUGUACGACGAGGGCGACGAUAACAUGAAGAAAACGAUUGCUCAGGCGUGGACCGACGCAAGAGCCAAGCAGGGAGGACUGUGAAUCCUUUUGUUUUAGUUUGUUCUGCUUAGAUUGGAUGAUUUCCUCGCUGCGAAAUUAAUCUAUCAUGUUGUUACUGA